AUGUCAAGAUUGGAAGAAUUGGCCCGACAGCGAAGGUUAAAGAAAGCUGGUAGUGAGUCUAGUGAAUCUUCAAAGAAUUAUGAAGGAACCAGCAAAAGUGCAAGUCUAUUGGAAAAAUUACGGAACAGAAAGAAAACAGCUUCCGAAAGUCCACAUAACUCAGAGGCAAAUACUGAAAUAGCGAAUCAUGGAUCACAAGCGGCGUUGAAUCAAACCAGUGGUAAGGUUAGAAGCACACCCAUAAAAACAUCUAGCAGCUCUACAUUAGGAUCAAAAUUGAGAGAACUUAGGAGCAGAAAGAAAGUAGAGGAAGCUAAACAAAAAGAAUCUGUUGAUGUGACACCUGAAAUAGAUAGUUUACCAAACGGGCAAUCAAAUAAGCAAUCGCGGGAUCAACUGAAACAGCAAUAUUUAGUUGAGAUGGCAGAGUUCAAAGCUCUUCAGGGGCGGUUGAAUAUAAAUAUAGACUCGAGCAAGACGAUACGAAGACUGAGUGGCCAUUCUAAAUUUCUCGUUAAUUCACGAAACAAAGUUCACAAACUUUACAAACAGAAGAGAGAUAUGUUAUUAACUGUAUUUUAUCCAGCCAGAAAUAAGUCUGCCAGAAAAAAGAGUAUUGAAGGCUUCCAUAAACCCAGUCCGGAUGAUAUUGUUCUAGCCGCUCAAGAGCAAGUAUUCCAAGCGGUGACUGAAAAUGUUGCACAAUUAUCCAUAAAACCCAUAAAAAUCAAAGAAAGAGUAAGUAAACGAUUCACUGAUAAUAUGACUGAUCAGACUAAGGUGCAGAAACAGCAACUUACGGUAGAAGAUUUUAUUAAUGAUCGUAAUGCUACUUCAUUUCAAGUACCGAUGUUCGGACUACCAGGUAGUGGUAAAUCUACCAUUUUAGGACAAUUAUCAUUUCACCUAGGACUAACAACACGAGAGGACAUUAGAGUUAUCAAGACAGACAUGGAACGUAUGCACUUUCGAAGGAUUGAUAAGUUGGAUACCAGAUUGCUGACAACUUCACCUUUUUGUUGGGUUGUUGAUGAAACGACAGAGGAAAGGCAGUUUGGACAUUCCAACAAUAUCAAACCUCUGCAUAUAAAAUAUAAUGACACGGAUAUAAUAAUAAAUGAGGUACCAGGCAGUUUUGAUCUUUGCUCUACUAUUGAAACAAAAAGAUAUGUGGGAAAUUCUGUAAUAAUUGUCGUCAGUGCAGAAUUGGGUGACUAUGAAGCAAAUUUUGACAUGAAAAAGCGGUUAAUUGAAAAGUUGAUUUACUGCAAUGGAGUCGGUGUUAGGAGAAUUCUGACUAUAAUUAAUAAAAUGGAUCUAAUUGAUUGGGAUAUGGACAGAUAUACAGUUAUGAAACAUGAAUUAGAACUAAUAUAUCAGCAAGUGGGUAUCGACAUUCUGAAAUGUGAUUUUAUUGGGACUAGUGCAAUUACAGGAGAAGCGUUAACUAACGAUGGCGAUAAUCGGAAAAGAAUGUUCACAAAAGGCAGUUUCUCAUCAUUGUUGAAUGUUCUGUUAUCGUAUAAAUUGCAAUUCAAAAAAGAAGUUUUGGAAUCAAGCCUAGUGAAUAGCCAAGAACAAACGCUAUUAGACAGCGAAAAAUUAAUAGCUAUACAAACAGGAAAUAAGCAUGAACAGCAAUUGUCUGUACCUUUUUAUAUUGAAAGAGGUUUGAUAUUGAAAGGUCAAAAACUCAAGAUAAAUAGAACUGGGUUAGAGGUAGUAGUUAAGAGCAUUAAAGAGUCACUCAGAAAGAAAAAAUCAGUUAAUGUAGCAGUUGUUGGGCAAUCAGUUGAUUUGCUUUUUGAACCAUCAGAGGCAAUAACAAGUAGCAAUAUCAACAAUAUUCUAACUUCCUGUAAUUCACCUAAGUUAAUUGAGACUUCAGAGUUUAACAUGAAGAUGUGGUCUCUGAAAAAUUGUUCUAAGCAACUGGAUUUUAAUAACAUAUUAAUUUUCUGUGUUGGAAGGUUCCUCAACAUCUGUAUUUCAAAUGUAGAACAAACAGAAAAUAAUGAGAAAUUGAAUAACUUUCAAUACAUAUUCUGUCGAGCAUGUCUAAAAAGUAGUGAGAACAUGCUUGCAUUUGAGCCUGGUUAUGAAUCUGCCAAAUCUUUUGUGCUAUUCUUUGAAAAUAGGGCUAUUGGAUUUGGGGAAUUGCUGCUGAAUGAUCGCAGUUUUUGA